CCCAACGUUUCUUGUUUUCUACGCAGUUACUGCGCGAUGUGGAUUUAAUGGAAAUUUCCACUUAUUCUGAAUCAUCUAAAACACCAAAUCGAUUCGAUUGAAUCGUAGCGAUCACUUUUUAAGCAGGAUCUGGACUCUUCGAGGGGUGAUGAGAAUUAAAUCUGCUCGUUUUAACGGUUUAAUCUGUAAAGCUUUACUUCGAGUGUGACUCCGCGCUUCGUCACUGACUCGUUACAGCGUUUUGAUUACCGUCAGAAAUCAUCACUAAACUCUCCGUGAUGGAGUAUCACAGUGUGGGGCCCGGAGGAGUGGUGGUCACUGGGAACAAUGUACCUGCGUUUCUGACCAAACUCUGGACGCUGGUGGAGGAUCCGGACACUGACCCGCUGAUCUGCUGGAGCCCUAAUGGCACCAGUUUCCACGUUUUCGACCAGGGCAGGUUUUCCAAAGAAGUUCUGCCGAAAUACUUCAAGCACAAUAACAUGGCCAGUUUUGUCCGCCAGCUCAAUAUGUAUGGUUUUCGGAAAGUGGUCCACAUUGAGCAGGGAGGGCUGGUAAAACCGGAGAAAGAUGACACAGAGUUCCAGCAUCCCUAUUUCAUCCGGGGACAGGAGCAUCUUCUGGAGAAUAUUAAGAGGAAGGUGACCACGGUGUCGAAUAUUAAACAUGAGGACUACAAGUUUAGCACGGACGACGUGUCUAAAAUGAUCUCAGAUGUCCAGCACAUGAAGGGCAAGCAGGAGUCCAUAGACUCCAAAAUCAGCACCCUCAAACAUGAGAACGAGAUGCUCUGGAGGGAAGUUGCCACUUUGAGACAGAAACACUCUCAACAACAGAAAGUCGUCAAUAAGCUCAUUCAGUUCCUGAUCACACUUGCGCGGUCCAACAGAGUCCUGGGAAUGAAACGAAAGAUGCCGCUGAUGUUGAACGACAGCAGCUCUGCUCACUCCAUGCCCAAAUACUCUCGUCAGUACUCGCUGGAGUCUCCUGCUCCCUCCAGCACAUCGUUCACGGGAACUGGCGUCUUCAGCUCAGAAUCGCCGGUCAAGACGGGGCCAAUCAUCUCUGACAUCACUGAACUGGCCCAAUCCAGCCCUGUGGCCACAGACGAGUGGAUUGAAGACCGAACGAGCCCACUGGUCCACAUCAAGGAGGAGCCGUCUAGCCCCGCCCACAGCCCUGAGGUGGAGGAGGUGUGUCCUGUGGAAGUAGAAGUGGGGGCGGGGUCUGAUUUGACCGUGGACACGCCCCUUUCCCCCACAACCUUCAUUAACUCCAUCCUUCAGGAGAGCGAGCCAGUCUCCGCCCUGACUCCGCCUCCCAGCGAACAGAAGUGCUUGAGCAUCGCCUGCCUGGACAAUUAUCCUCAGAUGUCUGAGAUCUCUCGCCUUUUCUCCGGCUUCUCCACCUCAUCUCUGCACCUCCGGCCUCAUCCAGGGACGGAGCUCAGUGACCAUCUGGAGUCCAUUGACAGCGGUUUAGAAAACCUCCAGCAGAUCCUCAAUGCGCAGUCCAUUAACUUCGACUCCUCUCCUCUCUUUGACAUUUUCACUUCAGCAGCAUCUGAUGUGGAUCUGGACAGCCUGGCUAGUAUCCAGGAUCUUCUGUCACCAGAUCCAGUGAAAGAAACCGAAUCUGGUCUGGACACUGAUUCAGGCAAGCAACUGGUCCAGUACACGUCACAGCCCAUCAUUCUCCCCGAUCCCCUCAGCACCGACAGCAGCAGCACAGAUCUGCCCAUGCUCCUGGAGCUCCAAGGAGACUCUUAUUUCAGCUCUGAACCUGCCGAAGAUCCCACCAUCGCCCUGCUCAACUUCCAGCCUGUUCCUGAAGACCCCAAACUGUCAUAGAGUUACCAGCUUCGGUACCAGUUGGUGCUGACAUUUUAAAACGUCCAUUUCCUGCUAACAUUAGUCCUUAGAGGGAUAGUUCAAUCAUAAAUUAAUAUGUACCGUUAAUUUCCUCACCCUCGGGUCAUUACUGUAGAUGUAGCUGGCAUUUUAAGAAGAUUUUUAUCUAUAUUCCUCAGAUAUUCAAGAUGCAUAUGAAUAUAAUGCUGCUAUACAUUAAUGACUAAAUUUGGAUAAAUGUCUGCACACCACAAAGUGUUUGGAAUAAAGCUUCACAUACUGUAAAUAAUGUUCAGUUUCUUGCACAGAGUGAUCGUUUCACUUCUUAAGAAUCUUUAAGUAUCAUCAGGAGCCACAGAGAUUGAUUUUAAUUCUUGUUUGUAUGCAUUUAUUUUCAAAGGAACACUCUCCUUUUUGGAAAUAGGCUCAUUUUAUAACUCCCCUAGAGGUAUACAGAUGCCUUUUACCAUCCUUUAAACAAUUCAACCGAUCUUCGGGUCUGGAGGGUGCACUUUUAGCUUAGCUUAGCAUAGAGCAUUGAAUUGGAUUAGACCGUUAGCAUCUUUCUCAAAAAAAUUGAAAUAAUGUUUAGAAAGGUUAUCAAGUAUUGAUCAUUUUCUUAUUUAAAUUUAUAGUUACCUAGCUGGGGACUAUUUUCAGGGGCUGUGUAAUAUUGUGCCUGCCGCAGCCAUUGGUAUGGCAGCAAAGUUCCUUGAUUAUUACGCCAGAAUGAGAGUAUAUUUCCUAGCCAUGUCAACCUAGAAAAUAACAACUUUUAAUUGUCCGUCAGUCUUACCACAUGAUGUAACCAUAGAAGAGUGAAGCUUUAAAUAGGAUGAUAACUCUAAAUAACUGGUUAUUUUUGAGAUGCUAAUGGUCUAAUCUGUUUCAAUGAUUUAUGCUAAGCUAAGCUAAAACAAUUUACUCCCGCCAGAUCUGUAAAUCGGCUGAAUGAAUUUAAAAAAAUUGUAAAACUCAACUUUUUAACUCCAGAUGACUUGUAAAGUGAAAUAAUAAUAAAGUGUUGCUCUAAUCUCGAAAACGAGUGAACGUCGACUUGCUUUAUAGACCAUUUCAAUGUGGUGAUGUCAUUGGCCCAAUAUAAUCUCCUGUUUGUUGUCAAACUAAUUCAAGGGGCAAUUUAAUCAUAUCUUAACAUUAAAACAACAUCAUAAUAACAUUAUUUAUCAAUAUGCAGACCUUUUUGGAUUCUCUGAAGCUAUAGAAAUUAAAAAUGUAAAUGUCGGAAAUACAUUAGGACCAUGAUUGUUGUUUACACCCCCCAAAAUGGUCUAUAUGAAUCAACAAAGACCACAUAUUCAGUCAAAACUGUUCUAUAAUGUUCUGCUGAAGAAAUAAAAGUGUCUCCUACAUCUUAAAUGUCCUGAGGGUGAAAUUAACUAUAGUAAAUGAAGUACAAAUGAUCGUUUUUUUGGGUGAACUAUCCCUUUAAGGAUAUCUGAGUGCUCACUGUGUUCAUGUACAGAUUUAUUGUUGUUUAUUUAGAUCCCCAUUAGCCGCUACUAAUGCUAUUCGUCCAACAAACAAAACGACAGAUUUAUAUUAAACCAUCAUCCAAAAAAUACCCAUUAAAACCAGUAUAACCUAUAAAAACACCUAUAUAGAAAAAAUAUUGGGUUCCACACGAUCGGUUUGUGUUGGGAAAACUUGAAGGAAUUAAGUUAGCUUAUUAAUUUAAGUAGAUUGAACAUAAAACAAUUAGGUCGUUGCGACAAAAACCCCUCAAUAAAUGUGUUAUUUCAGCUCAAUUUAAAUAAAUAGUUUGAACAAACAGCAAACGUCUUUUUUUCGAGAGUACUUUGUCAAAAAUGCUGGGUUCCACACGAUCGGUUUGUAUUGGGAAAACUUGAAGGAAUUAAGUUAGCUUAUUGAUUUAAGUAGAUUGAACAUAAAUCAAUUACGUCGUUGCAACAAAAACCCCUCAAUAAAUGUGUUAUUUCAGCUCAAUUUAAAUAAAUAGUUUGAACAAACAGCAAACGUCUUUUUUUUUUUCGAGAGUACAUUGUCAAAAAUGCUGGGUUCCACACAAUUUCUUGAUGUCCCAACACAAAUCCUUUAAGUUAACUUAAUCAUUUUAACAAAUUUAAGUUCAACAUUCAAAAUAAAUUCGACAUAAAUUAAGUUGUCCCAGCAGAAAUGUAAGAAUUGAGUUGUUUUUACUCCUUUUAAAUAAGUUAAUAAUAAUAAUUAAACCAUAACAAUAGACGCCAAUCCCACCACCAAAUUUACAUGAAGGUAUGACUGAUCGGCUGUAAUGAUCAGCUUCUAUAUCUGCUCCUAGACCAGGGAUGGGCAAACUCGAUCCUGGAGGGCCGGUGUCUUGCAUAGUUUUGCACCAACCCUAAUCAAACACACCUGCUUGUAGCUUACUAGUGAUCUUGAAGACUCUAAUUAGGGUGUUCAGGUGUGU